UACCAGUCUCUGCCGAGCGAGCAAAGACGGAGAGAGACAGAGAAAGGGUAGCGACAGGAUCCAACACACGGAGAAAAGCUGUUGCUGCAGGAACCACGUUGUUAUCCAUCACGUCUGUUGUUUUUUUUCCAGGAGAAGUCGUGUCUACAUGAUCGUUGUGCGACAAUAUAAACAGAUGAGCUGUCUUGUCGAAACCAAGUCGUUAGUGAAACAAGCAGAUUGAUUCACUGAUUGUCGCGGGCGGAGAUAUAUUAUACAAAUACAAACCCAAGCGUCCUCCGGAGAAACGACAGUUGCCAUGGAAACGGUUUUGCUCUUCCUCUCCUCACUCCUGGUGUGUGUAGCUGCUGAAUCAGACCCCAGUGUUAUGGAGGAGCAUUCAGUGGCUGAAAAUCCUUUUAUUUAUGAUUAUGAAAGUUUGAGAAUUGGGGGAUUGACAUUUGCUGUGAUCCUGUUUAUGCUGGGCAUCCUUCUAAUCCUCAGUCGACGAUGUCGCUGUGGAGGAAAACAAAAGCCCAGGGCGCCUGGAGACGAGGAGGCACAAGAGGAGAACCUCAUUGUCACCAAGGCUGCAACGGCUGCCAAAGAGACUCCAGCAGAAAACUGAGGCAACAUCAGCGGUUUCUGAAAGGAAGCAACAAUAAUAUAUAUAUAAAAAAAAAACAAAAAAACGAUGUGAGGUUUAUUCUAGUUAGUUGUACGGGAGGGUGAGGACAAGGUGUAUCCGUUUAAAAAUGUAACAAGUGAGUAGAUCUUUUGCCAGGUGUUAAUUUUUUUUGUGAGUAGUCCUUCAGUGCUCUUGUCAAAUGCUGUGCCUUUUCUGUGACAGUCCUUCACUGCAGUUUGUUGUGGCAACUUUGGCACAAGUUUGUCUUAUAAAUUCUUGAGAUGUUUUUAGUGUUGUGAGUUCAGAUGUUUGAUUGUUCUUCUGCUAAUUGACUUUAGGUUUUAGGAUUCGUGAAUCUGUUGCUCGUUUUCUCAGCCGUCCUGAGGAAAAAAAUGGUCUCAUGUAUAUUAUAAGAUAUAUGCAUAUAUACAGUAUUUAAAUUUAAAUACUUUACAUAUAAGCUAUUUAGUCAAAUAUCCUAUGUGUGUGUUUGAAUGGUUAGGCGUGUUUGUGUGAACGUGUGUACAGGGCUGGAUUUAGGAGUAUGUGGCAAACAGGGUAAAUCCAUUCCAGUGAAAGAUUAAAGUUUAUGAAUGAAGUAAAAAAACAAACACACUUAGUGUGACUAACAUGUUGCAUAGCAUAUGUUUUUAUAUAUAUAUAUUUGAGUGUAGUUUAUUGUGUUGAAAUUGUAAGUCAAUUAGCACAAUUAACUAAUUUAAUAGUUAUCCAUUGGAAAUCUUUUUUUUUUUUUUACCUGACCCUAUAUUAUAUUGUAUGAAAUCAAAUUUUAUUAUAUGAUUCAGUUCAAUUAAAACAAACUGAAUCAUAACAAAACACAACUGAGAGGUCAGCAAGUAUUUUUGAACUGGUUUUUGGUGCUUGUGUCCCUUUGAUUCAUCAGAUUAUUUGCAGCGUAUCAAGAGAUGUACUCUAUCUGCUGAAAAGAGACGUGUUGGCCCAAAAUAUUACACCACCUAUGCUAGAAAUGUGGUCUUACUGCCAAAUGCAGAAAGGCACUGCUCUGUCAGAGCCAGUAGGAGUGUCUUAGUGCUAUCAAUCACUCAGAUGUAUGAGCUGCAGCUCUGCUAAUGGGGAGGAAACAGCUGACAAUUACAAGAAAACAGUUUAUCUGCCGUCAGUUGGUGGUCAUGCUUGCUAGCAUGCAUGUUCACGGCAAGCUCCCUUGUCAGGAAGGAGGUGUAGCAAAGCAGAUAACAAGAAGGGUGUGAGCAGCACAUACAUGAAGUUGAUUGACAGUGCUAAGACCCUCCUCCUGGCUCUGAUGGGUUAUUUCUGACUGACUGGUGUAUUUUUGCAGGUAGCAAUGGGACCUCACGGAGAAGGCAGAGGAGCUUAACCUUUUCCACAGAUCAUCUGUUUUAUACUAUCACGACAUAGUGACAGUUUUAUCAAAUAAGUUAAACACGUUUUUUGUAAAAAAAGUUACAUACUGCAUCUUUAACAACAACAACCCCCAAAAUACAGUAUCGUCAGGUUAGUGACUUGGUCCCUUUUUCUUCUUAAGUCCGGCCCUGGAUGUUUAUUGUUUGGUGUGCAGGAUUGUGAACACAUCACAUCUGCUCUGACUGUGUAUCUGUCCAUGUAGACGUGAUUAGCCUUUUACAAGACAAUCUCACCACUGCUCUCUGAGCGGGAUUCGCAGGUAUCUGCACGGGCUCCUCCGCUGUCGUGUGUGUUUUUUUUUUUUUAACCACCUGAAGUGGAGAGAGCUCACACAUCAGCUGUGUCACUGCCUUUCUUCUCCACAUAUCUACUGCACUGCUGCGUCACUGGCUCCACUGGGAUUAACUGGUCUCUAGCAGGCAGUGAUUAACUUCCCCUCCACUUGCAGUCACUAGCGCUGCAAGCUCUUUAAAGCAGGGGAAGUGCUUUUUUUCCCUGUUAUUAUUUUUUGCUUUCCAGUGUCACCGUUUGUUUUUGUUUUUUUUUUUAAAUGACUACACGUUCUCUGAAAGACAAAGUGUGGAUGGUCUGUUUGAGAGGUUUAACCUCAAAAGCUGUGUUAUUUCUGUGUCAGUCUAUAUUAAAAGUAGCUAAAUGCGAGCUAAAGCAAAGAGUGGGAACAGACUGCUGUACAACUACUGCUGUGUUCAUCUCCUGCAUAAAGCCUUGUUGUGUAGCAACCUGUUGUGCUCUUGGCAUAAUUGAAUAAAAGUGUGUUUAAAGACAGA